UAACGCUAUAACAAUAUAAGUUUUGACGAUAUAACAAUUCAGUGUGACUUUUACAGAGCCCCAUUUGUAACAGUCAACGACCAUGGCAGACUCCCAGGCCGACAAUAACACUUGCGUAGUGUGUUUCAAGAAUGUCUCCUACUACUCGAUUGGCGAGUGCGACCACCCCGUAUGUUUCGAGUGUUCCACUCGUAUGCGAGUGCUGUGCUUGCAGAACGAAUGUCCCAUCUGUCGACAAGACUUAGCGAGGGUCGUGUUUACGGACUCCGUCCUGCCUUACAAAGAAUUGCGCAAUCGUGUUUUUACGGACCGGUUGUUUGAGAGGCAGUUUAAGAUAGCAUUCUGCAGUCAGGAGAUAAAGAAUGCUUAUGAGGAACUCUUGGAGAACCGCUGCCGGCUCUGCAGCAAGCUGGCGCCUUUCCGAACCUUUACAAUGCUUAGUGACCACAUGCGGAAGGUCCAUGAGAGAUAUUUCUGUGAUCUUUGUGUUAAACACUUGAAGAUAUUUACAAAUGAGCGGAAAUGCUACACGCGGCAGGAAUUAGCUCACCACAGACGAAAAGGAGACCUUGAUGACACCUCUCACAGAGGCCACCCUCUCUGCGAGUUCUGCGAGGAGCGUUUCAUGGACGCAGACGAGUUAUACCGGCACCUCCGGAAGGAGCAUUUAUUCUGCCACCUUUGCGACGCCGACGGCAAGAACCUGUACUACGCCUCUCAUGUGGCGUUGGCGCACCAUUUCCGGACGGACCAUUAUCUUUGUGAGGAGGGCGAAUGUGCUGGACAGCACCUUAUAGCUGUGUUUCGAAGCGAGAUUGAUCUUAAAGCUCACAAGGCGACGGUUCAUGGGCGCAACAUGCCGCGCGGGGCGGCGCGGCAAGCGCGGACGCUUGAGCUGCAGUUCAACAUCACGCCGCAUCCUCAGGCCCAACGGGGGGCUCCUAGAGACCGCGAGCGUGAAAUGGAACGCUCUAUAAGCCCUCCGCCGCCCGUGCAACAUGCGCCACGCAUCGACACCCGCAGCGACGAGCAGUUCCCGCGCCUAUCCGCGGCGCCGCAGACGCCCAACCUAGUACUCGGCGCCGGACAUAAGGCCUACAGAGGAGGCGACGGACUAGCCCGCAACGACCGCAACUUCCCCGCGCUGGGUAACGACAGCGGCCCGGCGCCCGCGCCCGCACCGACCUCUUCUCAGCGAGCGCCGCCGGUCGCCGCAACUAUACUGCGCAACUCCAAACCCAGCAUGUCAAUCCAGUUGCACAGUCAGCCGACGUCCGCUAGCAACUUCCGUUUAACCCAAGCCUCCGGCAACCGUGUCUCCAUACCGGCGAGACGGCCGCUGUCCGACGAUGACUUCCCCUCGCUUAGCGCGCGAGACGACCAUCCUAGCGUCGGCGCUGCGAGCCAUCAGCCGCCUAAGGUCGCCAUGAUCAACAGCCAAGAGAUGGAAGCUCUGAAGAAAAACACUUCCAACUCUCAACCAAAGAAAGCUCCGCUCAGCGGCGAGGCCUUCCCCGCGCUGUCGGGCGGGGGCGCGCCGGCCGCGCCGCCGCAGUGGAUCACCGUCUCCAAGCAGAAGGACAAGCCCCGGCCCCGCGCCGAGCCGCCCCGCGAGCCCGCCUUCCACCCCGUCGCCGACUUCCCCGGCCUCCCCGCCAACACCAAACACAAGCCCAAGAAGGCUCCACCCGCGCAGCCCGUCCGCCCGCAGCCGCAACCGCAGCCCGUCCACACCCCCGCCGCCAACUCGGACGCCAAACUCUCCAAGAAGGAGAAGAAGAAGCAGAACGGCGCGAGAAAGGAGAACGUCUACGAUAUAGACUUGACCCUCGUCAACGGAAUUGAGGAUCUGAAGUAUGUCGACCCGAACGCGCUGGCGGCCUCGGCCAACACUCCCACUCAACACCGGAACAUCAAGACCGUAGACUCGGUCACCGUCAAUGACAAGGAGCGCAACGGCGGCAACGGAGAUUUCUCUUUAGCGGCCAAGGAGUUCCCGUCGCUCUCGAAAUCGAACAACGUGGUGCCCGUUAACAACUUCGCGAAGGUGCCGAACGGGGUACCGCCGGGCUUCAAAGCGCGGCCGGCAUGCGACGGGAUGACGUUCACGAAUUCGUCCGGGCAGACGUUCAACGCGCCCGUGCACGCGUACAUCCCGCCGCUGAACUUCGAGAACAGGAACCGCGCGCUCGUGAACAAGUUCGCGGCCGCGCUCGGCGGCGCCGAGGCGAUGGAGGAGUUUAAGGUGGCGUCGCGCGCCUUCCGGGACAGCCAGAUCGGAGCGGACGAGUUUUAUGCGCACUGCGAAUCCGCGCUGGGGGGACAAACGGAGGCGCUGUUCGCGGAACUGGUGGCGCUGUUACCGGACAUCGGCAAGCAGCAGGAGCUGGCGGUGGGGCGCGCCGUGGCGCUGCACACGUGCGCGGCGUGCGGCCAGCUGCUGGCGCCCGCCGACCGCGCCGCGCACGACGCCAAGCACUGGCCGCCGCUCGGCCGCUAGCUGGUCGGGACCGAGUGACACCGAGUGUGACCUAAUCGAUAAACUAGGACUUUGGACCCGUUUAAAUCCGUCGAGGGUUUCCACCGUGGCUACGGUUAUGGUUAGGGAGAUUUUGCUGUACGUGAUUAGGAGCAUUCCACGGAAUUGACUACCCAAUUUUUUUUGCCAUAAUGUGAAAAGUGUUCAGUAAGCUAAUCAUUGCAUUGGAAAAUUGUACAUAAUAAGCUAAAUAAAAUUAUUUUGUACGGGACUACAGAGCAUGGAAAUUGGAAAUAUUGGAAUGCCCUAACAGUCGAGACGUCUCCUUAGAAUGUGUUGGAACUAAAGUUAGAACUCUGACAAGUGGUCGGUUUAUAAUAAGUCUAUCUUGGUGUCAUGAAAAAUGUUUACAAAAAUGUAUCCUAAACUUCGAGAUCUAAUUAAUAAUUUAGCAAAUGCGCUAAUGUCUCAAGUAGACCUUUUUGUAAUUUUUAGCUGUGUCGAGACGAAUGAUAAUAAGAUAUAAUAUAUUUUCACCGAGUGUGACUCUGUAAAAUAGCUAGCUACCGACACUGUAGUGUUACUGUUAAGGUAAACGUGUAAUAAAUGUGAUAUCUUCGACAUAAAUACUGUAGUUGUACGCGGGUACUGUUGCUGUUAAUACGCGAGCUUAUGUACAUAGUAGUUUCCAGAUAUCAAAUUCACUCGAUAAAGACCGUAUUUGUACGGUGUCUGUUCUACAUUUACAGCAAAUUCUUUGUUACUAUAAUUCUAUAGAAAUCAUUCGAAAUUGAUCAAGAAAACACAGACAUUUAUUAGGUUUUUAGAAUCACAAAUAUUGUGAUUGUGUACCGAGCCCAUUUCGUGUGCUGUUCAUAUAUGCAUAAAAUAGGAUGUGUAGGUUUAAGUCACACAAUUGACGUAAUAUCGUAAAUUUAUGUUGAAACAUUGUAGUUUGUUACGUUCAAAUGAAAGCUACAAAUUAUAGAGUGGCCCUAGUUGGUCUGAAAUUGGCUCAAUCUGUUUUUAUAUUGCAUCAUUUGCAUCUAAAUUGUAAUUUAGGGUGCUCUAAUGCUAAGUUAUAAAUAUUUGACGAAUUAUUUAUGGUCUCAAAAAUAUGUUUCUUUGUACAGAUAUCAAGGCCCGGUUCACACAUCUAUCAGUGUUAAGUGACACUUUACACUAAUCCGUGUGUAAUUUGGGCCUAAUAUAAAUUAUAAUUAUGCAAAUAUAGUUUGAUAUAACUUUGUAAAUUAAAUGUGGUUUGUUAUUUACUGAUUUUGAUUUUGUACCUUCUUAGAAAACCUAUUGCUAGAAUCAUACUAGGCUGCGUGGUUAUGACGACGUAGUAUUCAUUUUGUUUGAGUUAAGGUACAAAAUCAUAAACUUUAUCAACAGCGGCUCUAAGCUGCGUUAAUUUUUUUUUGUUUCGAUAAUGAGGAAGCAAACUAAUAUUAUAUCACGCCAGGCAGCGCCACUAUAACCGCCUGUUGAUAGUGUCCAAUCACAUAGAUUUUUUCUGGCCUUGCAAUUUUGCAAUAUGUGACAUUAUCUGGAUAAAGGGACUUUAUUGUGGAUGGCGCUUACGUCCCGCGGAGUCGUAUUUGUACACGAACAUCGCUCAUAACGCCGUAAGCGGCAUCGACAAUAAGAUCCCUUUACCCAGAUAAUGUCACAUAUACUAGGGGGGGGUCACGUGGUAAAGGCCCAGGCCCCCUGCUGGCUGGAUCCGGGCAUACCUCGCUGUGUGGACCCAUAUUCACACUUUGGCACGUAUUCCACCAUUAUUCUGCGCUACAGACUAUUAAUUACGUAGAAUACAACCUACACUGAUAUAAUUCUUCUACUUAUCGUGUCACAUAUUUUCAAUAUCUAAGAAAAUACACAAUAUAAGUAGUAACAGCAAAAUGAAUUUGUUAGACUACUUGUUGCCGAGAAAUUCGGAAAUCAAUAAUUCUAUCGCUUUUCUUAAUACCUGCAAUUUUGAAACUUAUUUCUGUGAAAUAAGAGUCAAAAUUAUUUACUUAUUCCUAAAUUUCGUAGAAUAGCCGUGAAAUACAUGACCUCAUGGCCAUGUGUUUGUUUGGGCACAGUGUGGAUCCACAUGUUAUGUUGCUGCUUUGACAGUUCUAAAAGUGUGCUAUUAAAAUUAAGUGUGAAAUUCUACCUUUAUACUAACAUAAAACUUGUACUAACGCUUUCACAGAAUAGACUAUGUUAAUAAAUAUUCUUUAAGGUAAAAUUUUCCUGUAUAGCACAGCAUAGCCUUAUUUAUUACAAAGCCAUAUGCGAGUGUGUUUAGUAAAACGUUCCACUUUGUCGGUUACCAAUAAGGCGAGAUUUACUUGUAUCUUUAUAUGAAUAAACCGACAAAGCGGCUUUAUAGCAAUCGACAAAAAUGGGACGUUUUCCGUGCACACUCACAUAUGUUGGGACAGUGAACGCUUUAAAGUGUCUUUCUUACGUGCGAUGGUUUCAAUUCUGUUAAUUGGCCUUUAUGUACAUUGAAACAAAGAGUUAAAUGUAGUAGUACAAUUCAUAACUUUACUGAGUUUAAACACUGGUAAUAAAUUGAUCAUGAUCAAUCAAAAUGAGCCCACUUGCCAGUCCAGUUAACCUGCUUACUUUUUGUAUUUACGCUCCUUUUUUCUUGGUAAGGCAGAAUUCAUCGUAUCACUUUAUAAACUAAAAAUGUGUAAAAAUAAAGCAUUCAAGAGGACGUUCAACAUGAAAUUGUUUAAAAACUGUAAUAUUUUUGUACUGUUGGGGUAAAACCAAGGUAAAACACAUUAUGUGUAAAAUAUUUUUGUUAAAUAAUUUUAUUGGUUUUAUUAAGCUUUCAAAUUGUACUAAUGUACGGACAAUAUAAAAUGUAUAGGUAAUGAGCAAGACGGAACCGAGAUUAAAAUAAACAUUGGUCUCUACAUA